GUAUCUUGGCCCAGGCCCGGUAUGGUGCUACCUGUCCUUGGGGGUUUUGCCCAGGGCUUCAGCCACCAGCUCCUUGGAUGGCCUCCAAGAUGGUGAUAGCUGCCCGCCCCAAAACUCUGCUGCAGCUAAUAUAUAAAGACAAGCCUGGAGGGCCAGGAGCAAGCCUCUGGGAACAGGUGCUAGAGGAGUUUCUCUGUGACCAGAAGUACAGCGAUGAAGAGACCCUGCCAGAGAAGCUCGCCGCCUUCAAAGAGAAGUACAUGGAGUUUGACCUGAACAAUGAGGGCGAGAUUGACCUGAUGUCUUUAAAGAGGAUGAUGGAGAAGCUCGGGGUCCCCAAGACCCACCUGGAGAUGAAAAAGAUGAUCUCAGAGGUGACAGGUGGGGUCAGCGACACCAUCUCCUACCGAGACUUUGUGAACAUGAUGCUGGGGAAGCGGUCGGCUGUCCUCAAGCUAGUCAUGAUGUUUGAAGGAAAAGCCAAUGAGAGCAGCCCCAAGCCAGUUGGCCCCCCUCCAGAGAGAGACAUUGCCAGCCUGCCCUGAGGAACCCCGUCUGGACCUGCCCCCGUUCCUCCUCCCUGAUCUUGCCGCCCUUCUUGAUUCAUUGUGAUUUGUCUUAUUUGUUUUGUCUGGUCAUUAUGCGUUUGUUUCAUUUUCAACCAGCAAAAUCAGUGAUAUCUUUGUAAAGCACAAAUUACCUGCCUUAAAGGGGCCCUGGGCCAGGGAAUUCUGAGCCUUGGGGACCCUCCCUCUCGUCUCCCCUCCUUCCCCCUUCC